ACAUUAUCCAUCAGCCUCUAAAACCCUUGCUCUCCCCGCCCACCCAUUCCUUCCUUGCUCUCCCCCCAAAGGCAUCGGCGGUGGAUCGGAUCAGCAGCGAUCGCAUCGCGCCUGCUGCUUUCCAUGGAGAGUGAGAGGGAGAGGGAGAUGGAGAUGGAGGCCGAUCCCGAUAGCUCCUCCCCCUCGGCCGGGGCCGACGCGGCCGCCACCGCCUCCGGCGAGACCAAGGCCUGCGCCGCCUGCCACACCACCAAGACCCCGCUCUGGCGCGGAGGGCCCGAGGGACCCAAGUCCCUCUGCAACGCCUGCGGCAUCCGCUACCGCAAGAGGAGACAGGCCCUCGGCCACGCCCCCGCCGACACGCAGCAAGAUCAGCAGCGGCAGCCGAAACGGAAGGCCGCCGAUCCGCCGGCGGAGGAUCAGCAGCAGCAGCUGCUGCCGAAGAAGAAGGCCGCCGAUCCGCCGGCGGAGGAUCAACAGCCGCCGAAGAAGAAGGCCGCCUCCGCCGCCAGCAGCAGCACCACCUCCACCAAGAAAGAGAAAGAGAAAGAGAAAGAGAAAGAGAAAGAGAAAGAGAGAGACAGGGACAGGAAGCGAAAGGAUCGGCAAGUCACCGUGGAGCUCCGCGUGGUGGGGUUCGGCAAGGAGGCGGUGCUCAAGCAGCGCCGCCAGAUGCGCCGCGACAAGUGCCUGAGCCGGCUGAGCGAGGAAGAGAUGGCGGCCGUCCACCUCAUGGCGCUCUCCUCGGGCGUCAUCUACGCCUCAUGAUUAGUUCCCAUGGCCGCGUGCCAUCAUCCAUCCAAGGGGAGAGGGAGUUGCAGAUCUCCCUUUUUCCCCCCUUGCCUCCUCUCAUCUCCCCACCUCCAAGAUCAGAUCAUCUGUAGCAGUCACUAGUCAGUAGUAGUUAAGUGGGAGCCGAAGCUGAACAACAAGACUCCUUAACUUUCCUCCUCCCAAUAAUCCUUGAAAUCAAUCAAUCAAUCCUGUACUAGCAUAGUUUUUUUUUGCGAGGACUGUACUGGCUUAGCUCAUGGGUCUGUAAUGCUCUAGUAGCAAGUAAGUAUCCCAUUCAUGUAACAAUUGUGUUUUAGGAGCAUCAUCAUGUAUGUAAUCUCCAGUCCUGUCCUGACCCAGCAGCAGCGCAAUGAUGUGUAACAACGGUCAUCUCGUCUCUCGUUGUUGCAAC